AAUUGGAAGCAUUUAGAAGAAACUUGAAACUGGAUAGAAGAUAGACAUAAGAAAAUUAUGUCAUAACAGUUCCGACACAUGCGCCUCCGUGUUCAGCUACCAGGUCCUUCCGCCAGCUUCAGAGGGCGAUCACCCUCUCUGUAUUUCCCUUAAUUCCUUCUUCCUUCUUCCCUAGCAUCCUCCCUUGUUUCUUCGUCACUGUGCAAUUCAUAAUCUACUGUUCAGUGCUCUCUUUCUCUCUCCCCUACUUUUUCCUGUGGAAGAAGACUAUUUUCACUCCCAACUCAAUCAAUGGCUUCUGAAUCUGAUGUCUCUGAGAAUUCGUCCCUCUUUGAAAGCUUGUUCACAUUCAGAGACCUUUCUGUGUUCUUACCCUUCAUCUUAGGCUUCUCCACCGAUUAUCCCGGACGAGACAGUCAAGACCUGGAUCAAGAAACCACAAAUUCAGAAAAUAGUAAUACCCAUGGUGAAAGAGUCGUCUUGAUCAACCCCUUUACGCAAGGCAUGGUGGUGAUUGACGGUACUUCGAGCCUCGAGACUCUGUUCCACGAACUGGAUGUGAAAAACGGGCAACCGCCGGCGUCGAAGGAGUCUAUAGACGCGAUGACGAGCGUGGAAAUCGGACAAGACGAAGACGGCGAGUGUGUGAUCUGUUUGGAGGAAUGGGAGGUUGGUGGGGUAGCGAAAGAGAUGCCUUGUCAGCACAAGUUUCAUCAAAAUUGUAUAGAGAAGUGGUUGCGAAUUCAUGGAUCUUGCCCUGUUUGUAGAUACCAGAUGCCUGUGGGUGAGAAAGAAGUGGGCAAGAUAGAUGAAGAAGAACGAGGAGGAGAGAGAAGGAGGGUUGGCAGAGAAGUUUGGGUGAGCUUUUCUUUUAGAAGUGAGAAUACGAACCAAGCUCCUUCUGAUAAUUCCAGUGAUCCUUCAUCAAGUCCAAGAGGUGAUUCUGAGGUAGAGAAUUAGCAAAAAAGUUUUUUUUUUUUUUCGGGGUAGGUUUUCAUUUGUAGAUAGAAUCUGUACAGGUACAUUUACAAAGUUGUGUUGAUCAAAUUUUGUGGAUAUAAAUAAACUCAUGAUAUUUUCUGCUGUAUAUUGAGUGCUAGGGUUAGAUCGAUGUUAUUCUAAUGAAUCUGGUAACUAGAGUUUGCCCAAAUAAAA